UACUAAAUAAUCUGAAUCCUCCAUUUUUGUAACUUUCUGGUAUAUUCAUGCGACACAAAUCAAAACAAAAGAACAACUAGUCGAAAACUGUGUGUGUUUACCUUCAUUUGACAUUGUGGAAAAAAAAUGUAAAUACCAAAGCAAAUAUGCGGAUAUACAUACAUUAUACAGACGUCGUUUUACUGAAGACAGCUCUGGAGUGCCCCGAAGGAGUGGUUCACGAGGAUUCGUUUAAGGACAUCUAUGCUAAGUUUUUUCCACAUGGAAACUCCAGCUUCUACGCCCAUUACGUGUUCAAAGCUUUUGACGUAAACUGCAAUGGCGCCAUCAGCUUCAGGGACCUUCUAGUAACCCUUUCCACACUUCUACGAGGAAGUGUCUAUGAGAAAUUAAGAUGGACUUUUAAAUUGUACGAUAUCAAUGGCGAUGGUUGUAUAACGAGGAGUGAACUUGGUGAAUUAGUGAAUGCAAUUCACGAAUUAAUGGGUAGAAGACAUCAUCUACUUGCUGAGGAUGAGAAAAGAGCGAGGGAUCAACUCGAUCGAGUAUUCCGGAAGUUAGACCUAAAUCAAGACGGUAUCAUAACUAUCGAGGAAUUUAUUGAAAGCUGCCUCAAAGACGAUGUGAUCACACGAUCGUUGACGAUGUUUGACUCCGAGCUUUGAUCUCCGCCUAAAAUCUCACCAUCCACACAAGAUGUAAUACCCACGAUAAUUUCUACAAUUAACGGUAACGAUUCAUCGACAUGGUCUUUCUCGUCUUCAACUUCACCAUCGCCACCCUGUUACACUUUGCUGCCAUAUGUCACGUCAGCUGUCUCAUCUCCAAUUUGUACAACAACAAAUCAUGACCAACAAAUUUAUUUCCUACUCACUGCUCAUUGCUGGAAUCAAUCGGAAAAGGAUUUAUUUUGCUGAAAUUUCAAUCUCAACGCUGCUAAACGUGCCACGUGAAAAACAAAAUUCAAGUAUUCCACUCUUUAAAUUUCUCUUAAUUUAAUAUUUCUUUUCUAUUUUGACAAAUAUUUAAAACGAAAUACUGCUCAAGAAUUAGCCACACAUUCGAUUCGAAAACUAAUAUAAAAAAAAAAGAAAAAACAAAGCAUCGAAACAAAAAAAAAAAUGGGGGAUAAAAAGAGACUUAAAAGCCAGAGAGAAAUGGAAAAAAGGAGAAAAACAAAGUUUCUUUUUCUCCUGGUUAAAAGAGCUUUACAAAAAUUCAUUCGGUUUCUUCUUUUUUGAAUUUACUUUUUUAAAAAACGUCUGGCAGAGUCUAUUUCUAAAAACUAUUCCAACUAAAAUAUAUACAAAUUUGUUUUUUCAAAUUCAUACAAAUUUAACGAUAAGGAAAAUUUUUGCCUUUUUGUAAAUACAUAUAAUAACAAAAAAUGGGAAAUUCGGUUUCCAACACGAAAGUGAAAUUUUUAUUCCUCGUGAAAACAGGAACUUGAUGCAAAUCUAUUUAAAUCUUUAAUAUUAAGAAAAAUCAGUCUUUAUAACAAAUUUUCAUAUUAUAUUCUACUACGUUGUUGGAUUUUGGGGGAUAAAAAAAAAAGAAAAGAAAACGAGUACACAAUUUUCGAAAAUUCUAUUUGGAAUCUUUUUUUAAAAAAAGUCCAUAUGCCAAAAAAGAAAAAUCUGUCCAAUAACAAACAAAUGACAAAAAAAAUAUUGAUAUGAAAUUAUUCCCUAAAAUUAAAAUUAUAAAAAAAAUUAACACAUAAACAAAAUGAUAAUUCUUAAAAAAAUUUUUUUAGAAAAAUGUUUAUUGUUUUUUAAAAAUAGUUUAUCAUUCUCUUGCCUCGUUGACAAUCUUGAGCCGUUUGGCCCUUGAAACAUGGGAAAAGUAAUGAAAGCACAUUUUUAAUUAAAUACGUUUCGAGAAAUACGAGCAGUCGAUAAAAUCUUUAAAUGAAGAUCUAUUAUUAACGUUUGUAGACAGAAUUUCAAAUGAAUAUUCCCGAGGGAAUCACAAUUUUCGAUUAAACAAAACAUUUAUGCGGUAUUAUUUCACAAAAGUUAAAAAAAGAAAUCUCUUCGCUUUUCUUAAUUCAAUCUCAAAACUGUAUUCGAGUGUUUUUUUUUUGUUAUUUUUUUAAUCGAAAUUCUCUGGUCUAAUUAUUAUAACCCAAGUGCUGAGAAAUAUAAUGUACAGAAUCGUGUGUGUAAAAAAUUUAAAGACUUACAACAUUGGGUCGUAAUUUUUUAAAUCAAUAAUAUUAAAGAGAAAAAAAUUUCAUAAAAGUAAAAAAAAGGUAUGUACUGUUUAAAGUAAUCACUUUCAUCGACAUUCCUCCGAAGGAAUGCAAAACGAAAAAAAAAACAAAUACGUAAAAGACAGAUUUCCGUUUAACGAUUCAUUUCUCAAAUUUUUUAAAGACUCAUCUUCAAAUUAGAUGGAAAAACAAAAUAAUUAAUUAAGACUAAUUAAUUACAAAUAAUUAAUUAAUUUCUUAUAAAAUAAUUAAUUAUUAGCAAUUGAUUAAUUUAAAAUUAAUUAAAUAUACGAUUGCAAUCCUUGAUAAAAAAAAAAACAAAGGCAAUCUUUGGGCAAUCUUUAAUAACAAAGCAACGAAAAUUGGGAGCAGUAUUUGUUGCUAGUUUGCAAUUAAAAAAAAGAAGGAAAAAAAUAACUCAUUUAGAGGAAAAACAGUGUAAACAAAAUAAGUACAAUUUUAAUUACGUUAUUAUAUUUAUAUAUAUACACGUAAUGUUGGAGAUUUACCCAGUGUCGGAUUAAGGAUGAGAAGUUCAAGUGAAAUGCCAAAGCUUGAUACCUACCUCAUAUAUUUAUGAAAAUUAUGCACGUGACUUUGAAUGAAGAAAUAAUAUUAUUUAAUCAUUGAAAAAUUUAUUUUUUGCUAUUUUUUUUUGUCUAAUUUUAAUUCAAAACUAUUUAUGAUAGAUAAUUUAUAAUUUAUAAGUAAUUUCUUAUUAAAUUAAAAAUAAGUAAUUUUUAUUAUUAAUUCAUAACUGUUAAUUAAUAUUAUUUAUAACUAAUUUAUUGUUAUAUAUAA